AUGCAUUUGUUCCUAAAUUUCGCUUACAAGACCUUGGCGUCAGAUGAGAGUCUGGAGUAUACAUCUGACCUGGAUGCAGAGAAGGCUCGAACAGUUCGGGGUGGUGGGCAGACGAAAGUAUCCUGGAAAGCUGCGGUGGUCAUCACAGUGCUAAAUCUGGUCGUUUUGGUAGUCUCAGUCUUGCUAUUUGCCAGAACGUACUACAGCCAUCAUCAUGGACUCAACGGAAAUUAUCAGCAAAUCACCCCAUACAGCCCUGUGUUGGCCGAGUUCGAUCUCAAGCCGACAACAAGGAAGAUCAACGGAACGCUCUUCCCAUCGCGAGAUGGAGGCUCCAUCGCAAGAAAACAACCCAACCCCGAAUCUGAUGCUGUCUGGGAAGAAUGGGAAUUGACGCGCGUCUACCCGGUGUCCCGCGAAGAGCUCAGGAAGAUGGGUGUCAAUCCCUCGACAGCGGCAAAGCUGGAAGACGACGUCUGGGGUCUAGGAGACGAUGCUUACGCCUCGAUAUUCGAUGUAUACCAUCAAGUCCACUGUCUGAAUUCCCUACGGCGAAUCGCAUACGGCGACUAUUACAACCUCAGCAUGGCACGGGCACACACCGUCAAGCAACGCGAGAUCCACAUCAACCACUGCAUCGACAUCCUUCUCCAAAGCAUCCAGUGCAACGCAAAUCUCGAUUUGAUUCCUUUGCAUUGGGUAGAGACGCAGGAGUAUCCCUUCCCCGAUAUGUCGAUUAACAAGAAGUGCGUUGACUUUGAGGGCUUGACUGAGUGGCGCAAGGCCAACACAAUCGACAUGGACAAGUAUGUUGAGGUCAUGAAGAUGCCGGAGGUGGGCAAGUCAGGUGUCAAGGAGCUCCCCGCGGCGGAUCAGUACUACGAGUACUGGGGCUAUGAUAAUCCGAACCACAAGCCAAAGGCCGAAGGAGGGCAUGGGCUUGCGUUGGAUGUGGACUCGAAUUUGUAG